AUGGACUGUUUUGAAGACAUAUCAGAUGGUGAAGUGGACCAUGCUUUCUUUGACAGUGAUUUUGAGGAAGAGAAAAAGAAGCCUGAAGAAAAUGGUGAAUGUAUAGAGAAAGAAAGUACAAAGGCAGCUCUUGCAGACACUGAUUUGCUUUCUAAUUCAAAGGAUAAUAAGUGUUGUGAGGAGGAAAGUGAAGAAAAGCAGGUAGAUUCGCCUAAGGAUCAGUCCCUAGAAAAUAGCACAUGUCAUCUUGAAGAUGCUUCAUCUUUGUCAGUUUCUCCAGUUGUGGAGAAUGCAGGUACCUCUGGAGCAACACCUGCAGCAGAUAGAGGAACACAGGAGAAUGUUCUUGCUGGAAUCCCCAAAAUAGUUAAAGAAGGUGAAGAGGAUUAUUACACAGAUGAAGAAGAUAGUAGUGAUGAUGGCAAAAACCAGAAGGUUAGACCAAAGUCAGCUAAGCAACCAAACAACAUAAAAAAAGCUAGCAAAAAAUAUACUAAUAUCAGCUCUUCCUCCUCUUCUUCCUCCUCCUCGUCUUCCUCAUCCUCAUCCUCAAGUUCAGAUACAGAUUGUUCUGACACAGAUUCUGAUAGCUCUUUAUCAGAUUCAUCUCAUUCUUCCUCAAGGAGGAAUAUAUGUAGAAAUGCUCUUCUGUGCCCAGAACAAAAAUUCAAGUCAGCAAUGAAAUUAGCAGAAGGAAAACCAAGGCUUGGUGACUACUUGGAGGAGUCUGAAGACACAGUGACCGAUGUAACACCUCUGUCAACUCCAGACAUCAGUCCUAUCCAGUCUUUUGAACUUACAGCAUCAAAUGAUAAGAAAUUAAAAGUAAAAAGACAGGAAAAUGUGAACCAAGAAUUAUAUGGUAAUUUUGAGAUUAAGUCUAACACAAAAUUUGCAAAACGUGUGGGGCUGGGGAAUCCAAUCUUAUGUCUGUAUUUUUCUCCGUUAGAUUCCGAGUUUGAUCGCAGAUAUAGUCGAAAAGUCUUGCAUGAUGCCAUGGACCUGAAUCAGCUUUUGAAAGCUUUCUUACAGCUGGAGAAAAAAGAACAAAAACUAAGCAUCGAUCAGCCAUCUAAAGGCAUAAGAAAAAAUUAUUCUUUCACAAAUGAAGAAGUAAGACAGAUCGAUCGGGAAAACCAAAGGUUGCUAAAAGAACUGUCCAGACAGUCUGCAAAGCCAAGAAGAAGUACCACGUUGAAGAAGCCAUCGGUGCCGCCUCCCAAAUUGUACCACAGUGCCCUCAACAGGCAAAAAGAGCAGCAAAGAAUUGAAAGAGAGAACCUGGCUUUCCUGAAAAGACUGGAAGCAGUGAAACCAACAGCUGGUAUGAGGCGUUCUGAACAGCUGAGGGACUAUCAGCGCCAGAUGAGUUACCUGAGUUCCUCACCCUCUGUGAGAAGGGGUAAAUCUGCUUUCAGCCAGCUUAGUCCUUCGAGAGGCACUUCAAGAUCAUCCACUGUACAAAGUACUCUGAGCCAGAGGAGUGAGAAGUCCAUGUCUGAUUUAGCCAGUGGGGCAUUGCAGAGACCUAAACCCACUAAUGUUCGUGCUGCUUGGUUAUAAGUAUGUUUUUGCCUCGCAUUCUGAGAUGAUCCUCAGACUUCUGGUUUUAGUGCUUUUGUAAAUUCUAUGUGCAAAAAUAACUUCUGCGUUGUUCAGUGAUUAAAAUGCAUUGCAUUUAAUGUAAUUGCUUAUAAAAUGGUUUCAAGUGAACAUUUUCACUUCAGUCAGUGUUUCCCAUGACAGGAAGAACUUAUGAAAAGAGAAGGAGGUAUUUAAAUGGACAAGUUAAAUAGAAAUUUAACUACUAUUUAAUUCUCAGAUCAUAAGUGGAAUUUGUAUCCAUAACAUGGAAGGACAGAAUUGCUGCACUAAAGGUGCAAGAUGUA